AUGGAUGAGAGAGACUCAACUGGCCCUGAAGGAGGAAGAGGCCAUGCCAUGGAAACUGGGAGCAGUGGGGGAUUAUGGGAAAACUCAGUGCAGAAGCUCCUGGGAGAGGAGGACACCCUUCGCUCAGAGGCGCAGAGCCAGCAGUUCAGGUGGUUCUGCUCCCAGGAGGCCAAAGGACCCCGAGAAGUUUGCAGCCAACUCCACCACUUUUGCCACCAGUGGCUGAAGCCAGAAAGGCACACGAAAGCUGAGAUGCUGGACCUGGUGAUCUUGGAGCAGUUCCUGGCUGUCCUUCCGCCGGAGAUGGAGAGCUGGGUGAGGGAAUGCGGAGCAGAGACCAGUUCCCAGGCAGUGGCCCUGGCCGAAGGAUUCCUCCUGAGUCAGGCGGAGGAGAGGAAGCAGGCGGAGAAGCAGGUGAGAGAGACUUUCCUCUGGAUGCUCCCAAGGGGCUCCAAACAGGAGGGAGCACAUACUAAAAACCUAUACUAAUUGCUCAUCCUUUUGGGGGGGGAGCAUCCAAGAAAUGACAUGAGAUACCCCUAAAGAUUUUGCCUCUCCCGUUCCUUCUCUAGCCUUUCUCUCCAUUCUCUCCAGUUUUUUUUAAAAUAAUAUUUAUUACUUUUCCAACAAUUUAAACACACACAAAAAAAAGAAAAAGAAAAAAGAACAAUACAUCACAAAAACACUACAUAACACCUUAAACUAACAAAACAAAACAAAAACAAUUUAAAAGACAUCAAACAAUUUCAAUAUCUUAUCUUUCAUUCACUUAUUUCAGUGACCUCCUCACACCUCCCUUUUUGUAUUCCACUUCUGUUGAUUGUUUCAGCAAUUCCUUUCCAUCUUCCUCUGCUUUCUAUCCUUUAAUUAUCUUAACAGAUUCUAACCAUAUUUUCCCCUUUAAUACUCUAUUGAUCUAUUUAUACUUAAUUCCUUAUAACAUUUCUACUAAAGCCAUAUAACUUCAUUCCAACAUUUUUCUAACAUUCAUUAAUUUUACAGUAUUUCUGUAAAUAGUCUUUAAACUUUUUCCAGUCUUCUUCCACCGACUCUUCUCCCUGGUCUCGGAUUCUGCCAGUCAUUUCCGCCAAUUCCAUAUAGUCCAUCAACUUCAUCUGCCAUUCUUCCCGAGUGGGUAAAUCUUGUGUCUUCCAAUACUUCGCGAUGAGUAUUCUUGCUGCUGUUGUUGCAUACAUAAAAAAAGUUCUAUCCUUCUUUGACACCAAUUGGCCAACCAUGCCCAGGAGAAAGGCCUCUGGUUUCUUCAGAAAGGUAUAUUUAAAUACCUGUUUCAUUUCGUUAUAGAUCAUCUCCCAGAAUGUCUUAAUCUUUGGGCAUGUCCACCAAAGGUGAAAGAAUGUACCUUCAGUCUCAUUACAUUUCCAACACUUAUUGUCGGGCAAAUGAUAAAUUUUUGCAAGCAUGACUGGUGUCAUAUACCACCUAUAAAUCAUUUUCAUUAAAUUUUCUCUUAGGACAUUACAUGCCGUGAAUUUUAUACCUGUGGUCCAUAACUGUUCCCAGUCAGCCAUCAUUAUGUUAUGUCCAACAUCUUGUGCCCAUUUAAUAAUAGCUGAUUUCACCAUUUCAUCCUGAGUGUUCCAUUUCAACAGCAAGUUAUACAUUCUUGACAAAUUCUUAAUUUUUGGAUCUAACAAUUCUGUUUCCAAUUUUGAUUUUUCCACCUGGAAACCAACUUUUUUGUCCAGAUUAUAUGCCUCCAUCAUUCUCUCCAGUUUUGAAUCCUUGUUGCUCUUUCAGGAAAAGGAUCUGGUUGCAGAAAUGGGCUCCAAUUACUCUGAGGCAGAGAGGACUCCAUUGGACACCACAGAUAGUUCACUAGGUAAGGAGGAAGGAGUUUCUUCUCUGUUUGGUCUUUCUGUUGCUUUUGAAAGUAAUCUGUGAGUUCUUUUGAUUUUGGGGGGGAAGACAUUUGGGCCCAAGAGCCCAGAAGAGCACAACAAAACUAUGAAAUUUGUACAACCGUCAAAAUGUACAUCUCAGAGAAGCAUGCACUCCUGGCUUCCAACUAAUCUUUGUCUCUCAGGUGAAAGAAGAAUGCCAACAAGACCUCCUCACCCGUCUUUUCCUGGUGGUGGAGAGGAAGCAGCAGCUGUAGAAGCAGAUCAGGUAGGAGGGAGGAGCCUAGUGGGGAAAGAGGCUCAGGAGUGGGGCAGCCAGGAUUUCUCUGGGAAUGAAGAAAUCCCUCUCUUCCUCUUUGGUUUCGUCAAAGCUGUUCCAAACAAAGGCUGAAAGUGCCAUUCAAGGAGGUCUAUCUGCUGAAAAUCAGGAACAGCUUCCCCUCCUUAACUAGCCUUCUGUAUGUUGCUAGUAUUAUUUAUCAAUACUUGCAGUUUUAUUUAUAUGUCAGAGCUGCUUCCAGAUCCUAGCUCACAGAGGAUCACGCUAGCCAGCGAUCAUUAAACAAAAGUCUUUAUUGAGUUACAGUUUCCAUUCUCAAACUGCUGCGUGCAACUCUACGUCUCAUGGUUAGACCGGCGAAGCUCCGUCUGAGUCUCCGCCCUUGUACACCAACUUAAUAUCCUAGCCCUGCUCCACCUUUUCCGCCUGACUGUUCUUCUCUGGGUCCCUCUGCCCCCUGGGGUCUCUUCUUUCCGGGAUUCCUCUGACGCUGACGCUGACCCCCCUGACUCUUCUCCCUCCUUUCGGCGGGCUUUAGGACCUGGCUCCCUUCCGGGCUGCCUACUGUGCCACCUUCCUGUGCAUUUGAACUCAUGCGCGCGCCCAACCUUCCACCUUCCGUCUGACCGUUUCUUCGCUCCCCGAUGGAGGUGUGGCCACUCCUGACUCGUGCCCUCCCCUGUUGUGAGCUGCCAGCGCUUGAUCCCUGGCUCCCUUCCUCUUCCCUGCUCUCUGGCGGUGACGCUGGUCCCGAUUUCCAACUGCUCCCCUCUGAGUCCCCUCUGGCUCUAUGCCCUGGCCACUGGUGCUCCUUUCUGUGAAUCUUCUGAUUCACUGGAAAGACUCGGAGAUCUCGGGUCGUCGUCAUCACUCAUCUUUUCUUCUGCCUCCUCCCCUCGCUCUCUGUUUCCUCCCUUGCCCUUGCCUCUGCUCCUGAACCCCUGACAUCCAUCCCCCUCGAAGCCCCCUCUUCCCCUCCCCUCCUUCCGGUGCGGGAUCUGGGUGCUGCCGUGUCAGGGGACGAAUGUCGGAUACAGUUCGCUUCCCGUGGCGGGCCGCCAUCUGAAGUCUUCCGGUUCUUCCUCCCUGCUCUCGGUGACGACGGUCACCUCCGCUUCCAUCUCUGUGCCGCCGUGCUCGAAACCCGGGUCGUCCCCGAAAACGUCCAUGUCCGUCUCUCCCUCGUUACCUUCUGGAGACGUUGCUCGUCCUGGACCCUCCAGCCACCUUCUGCGGAACUGCUCCUCUGGUCGAUCAUCCCACCAAUACGAGGGUUCUGAAGCAGAUCCCGAGGGUGACCCUUCCGGGGAACGGGCGUCUCGUGUCGGUUCCUCGUCCGAGUCGAACCCCCGGAACGUGCUGGCUGAAAGCGUGGGCGUGAAAAGCCAGUCGUCGAAAAGUCUGCUGGCAUUGGCCUAUGUGGGAAGAGGGCAUGAAACUCUUCUUUGAGCAGAGGUUCGUCUAAAGCGUAGCCCGGCACCCAGCUGUUGGCACUGGCCGGGGUGCCCUCCUUGGCGAGAAGGUAUUCUACCCCUUCUUCCCCCAUCUGGAGUCCAAAAUCUCCGUGGCUUCGUUGAUGCGCUCCUCCCGUGCCACUCCCCCCUGCCCGGUUCUCUCUCGGAGCGGACCCGGUGCCGUUCCUGGUUCCUGAAACCUGUGAGGUGCCUUGUAUGGAGUGAGCACCGAUCUGUGGAACACCGGAUGCAUCCUGGAACCCUCCGGAAGAGCCAGCCUGAAAGCCACCGGGUUGACCUGUUCUUCGAAUUGGUAGGGCCCCAGUUGUUUAUGCCCUAGUUUCUUCUUCGGCAACGUCCUGGCAGUCACUGCGUGGGCUGCUAACCAGACCCAGUCUCCCACAUGGAUCUCUUCGCCAACCCUUCUGUGUUUGUCCGCUUGUACCUUGUAUGCGUGUUUAGCCAGCUCCAGGUGCCGCCGCAGCUGAUCGUGGACCUCCUGCAACUCCGACGCGAAUGCAUCUGCUGUCUGCGGCUCCCCUCCCCCAUUCUUUCCAGUCCCGGGAAGGUUCUGGGGUGCCUCCCGUUGUUGGCGAAGAACGGCGUGACUCCCGUGGACACGUGCUUCGUGUUGUUGUAGGCGAACUCGGCGAGAGGCAGGUAAUCCACCCACGUCGCAGGCUGUUGAUUCGCAUAACAUCUCAGGUACUGCUGCAUGAUGGCAUUGACUCCGCUCCGCUUGCCCAUUGGUCUGCGGGUGUCUAGCCGACGCCAGGUUGAUCUUGACGUUCAGGAAGCCCAUCAGCCUCUGCCAGAAGUUCGAGAUGAACUGUCGCCCUCGGUCGGACAGAAUAGACCGCGGCAGACCGUGAACCUUGAACACGUGGUCUAUGAACAGUUUGGCGGUUUGUUCCGCCGUGGCCACCUUCGCACACGGAAUGAAAUGUGCCAUCUUGGAGAACAAGUCCACCACCACCAGCACAGCCGUCUUGCCCCUCGAGCUGGGCAGAUCCGUGACAAAGUCCAGGGCCACUCUCUCCCAUGGUUCGAACGGAGUUUGCAGCGGUUCCAGCAAUCCGGCCGGCGGUCUGUGCACUGGUUUGGCCCUCUGGCAGGUGUCACACCUCGCCACGUAGUCCGCGACUUCCCUCUCAUUCCUGGCCACCAGAAGUCUCUGGCUACUAAUUCCACCGUCUUCUCCUUGCCAAAGUGCCCGGCAGUGGGCGCGUCGUGCAGCUGCUGCAGUACCUUGGCGCGAAGUUCGUCUCCCGGCACGUAGAUGGCCCCUUUACGGAUGAGCAAACCAUCUCGCAGCUGGAACUCGUCGGUCGCUGCCGUGCCCCUGUGCGCCUCUGCCAUCUUUGCUUGCGCGAAGGAGUCAUCCUGCAACGCUCGUCGCACCGCCUCCAGGUCAACUGUUGCCGCCGUGCACGCCCACACUGUCGGUGCGAAGAUGUGCAUGGCGGCCGCUGGCGUUGCCUCCUCCAGAUACUGCGGCUUACGGGAGAGAGCAUCCGCCAUGAUGUUGGUGUCCCCGGGACAUACUCUAUUCGGAAGUCGAAAUUCGCAAAGAACUCAGCCCAACGUAUCUGCCUCUGGUUCAGGAACUGUGCCGUGCGCCAGUGCUCUAGAUUCUUGUGGUCCGUGCAGACCUGCACCGUGUGCUUGGCGCCGAUCAGGAAGUGCCUCCACGCUUUGAACGCUGCAUGAAUGGCCAGCAACUCCCUGUCCCAGAUGGUGUAGUUCUGUUCGGACUUGCUGAGCUUCCUUGAGUAAAACGCUCCCGGCCUCCAAACCCCCUGCGGGUCCUUCUGCAGCAGGACUGCUCCCACGGCUCUGUCCGAAGCGUCUGUCUCCACCCUCAUCGGCUUGCUGGGGUUGACAUGAAGCAGUUGCCCUUCCGACGCGAAGAGACGCUUGAGUGCCUGGAAAGGACUGCUCCGCCUGCUCUGUCCAGAUGAACUUCUUUUCUUGGAGCUGAGCGUGUCCGUGAUGGCCGCUGUCUGCAUGGCAAAGCCUUUGAUAAACUUGCGAUAGAAGUUCGCAAAGCCGACAAACCGUUGGACCUCCUUCCGGUUGCGUGGGCUUUUCCAAUCCAACACUGCUCGGACCUUGGCGCUGUCCAUGGCGAGCCCUUUAUCAGACAACUUGUAGCCCAGGAAAUCCACCUCCGUCACGUCGAAUUGGCACUUCUCCAGCUUGGCGUAAAGCCUAUGUUGCUGUAGCCUGCUCAGCACUUCCUUGACGUGUCUGUCAUGCUCCUGCUGCGAUUCCGAAAAGAUCAGGAUGUCAUCCAAGAAACAGACGCACGUCUUGUAGAGGAGCCCCGCCAACACGUGAUGCAUGAACGCAUAACUCUAUAUUCGUAGGUGCCCAGGGGCGUGAACAUGGCUGUCUUCCACUCAUCUCCUUCCCGGAUGCGAUUGAGGUGGGUCGCCCUGCGCUGGUCCAACUUAGUGAACACGCUGCCCUUCCGUACCUUUGCGAGGAGGUCGUCGAUUCGGGGCAUGGGGAAGUCCGAUGGCUUGGUCACGCUGUUCAAAAUGCGAUAGUCCACUACAAGUCUUUUCUGGGGCGUGUCCCGCUUCUUAACAAAGAAUACCGGACUGCCCCCGCUGCCUUGGACUCUCGGAUGAAACCGCGCUCCAAAUUAUGAUCUAUGAACUCUUUGAGUUCCUGCAGUUCGUCCUCAGACAUGGAAUACAGCUUCCCUUUGGGCAGCGCCGCCCCCGGCAGCAGGUCAAUUUUGCAGUCAUAUGGUCUGUGGGGGUAGCCUGUCUGCCUCCUUCUCGCAGAAAACCUCCAAAAAUUCUGCGUACUUGUGGGGAACCGCUUGCAGCGUGCCUAGCUGCAGCUGUGACUCCUCUUCCUCUCCUUCCUGCCGGGGCACGAUGCAGUGUUCAGCGCAAAAGGAAGAGCCGAAGGUCAGCUGCCUCUGGUACCAAGCCAGCGUCGGGCUGUGCUUGUCCAGCCAACUCAUGCCCAAUACAAUGGGCGUGUCCGAUAGUUGAGUGACAUUGAAGCUGAUGAUUUCCCUGUGAUUCCCAAGCCGCAUCACCAUUGGUGGCGUCUGCUUCACCACUUGCCCCCCUAGCAGCUCCCUGCCAUCCACCGUGACAACCUGCAGGGGCAGCGUGGCAGGCAGCAACUGUAUAGCGUGCCGGUCGACAAAGUCCUGCCCUAUAAAGUCCGCAUUGCUUCCGGAGUCAAUGGUGAUUGGCACGUCCAUGGUGAUUCCAUUGGGCAGCUGGAGCGACGCGGUGAGCCUCACUACUGGUUUGGGCGGGAGGGGGUCCAUGGGCUGUAAAAUCUCUGGGGACUGCUUCACUGACACGUCUGGCUGGGCCCCAGUGCCUCUUCCUCCAACCAGACUCCGUCGUUUCCCUGCUGUGGUUCUCCUUGCUGCGUUGCUGCAGUUACCAUUGCUGAAGCUGCAGUGUGCUUGUGGAGCCUCUGGGGACACUCUUUCGCCAUAUGCUGUGGAGCAUCGCAGAUGUAACACUUCCUGUUCCCUCUAGGAGGCUUCGCUCACUGCUGCCGGUGCUAGGGCUCUGGCUGCUGACUGAGCCCUUGCACCUCCAACCUCCAUAGGUUCCGCUCCUCCUCCUGGCGGAGGCGUGGAUUGCGCACGCGCUGCUUCUCUGGGAAGGAAGGAGGAGCCCCUGGCUGGUUCGCGCCUUCCACGCCCUUCGUCCCUGCUCCACGGACGUUCUUCCAGCCGCACCCCCACCGCCAGCGCCCUCUGAACGAUCUCCUGCGUGGUCCGGGUCUCUCCCCUCGCAAUUUCAUCUUUAACCGAGCCGUGCAAUCCCUCCCAAAACAGGUCUCUUACAGGAGCCGAAUCUCUGUCCCAUUCCAGAGCACUGACCAAAGCGAAAAGCGGGCAUGGUACUGCCUUACGCUGGCCCUCCCUUGCUUCAGUCCAUGUAUCUGCUGCCGAGCAAGAUCCACGUCAAUGCUUGAUAAAAAGCACCCAUCCAUCGCUUUAAUAAAGGCAUCCGCAUUUUGGAGCGCCGGAUCCUUAUCUCUCCACAAAUUGCGCAGCCAUGCUUUAGCAUCUCCAUGCAAAUGGGACAUGAUGAAUCCCACCUUCUCUUGCUCAUCUCUAAAGUCUUUGUCCAGCAGUUGCAGUGCACACAUUACAUCUGCUCUAAAGUUGGGGUACUGUUGCAAAUUCCCAUCGAAGUGAGAGACCAGACCGCCUGUUCGUCUCCCCAACCCAAUCCCUCCGGUUUGGGUGUCAGUUGCCCUUGCUUCGUAAGCACUUCCAACCUGACCUGGAGAUCCCUGUAGGCGGCAGCUGCGUCCUCCUCUCUCUUCCUGGAUGCAAGAGCCUCGGCAUUCAGUCGUGACACUGCUUCUCUGAGUUCCGCUAUCUGCUGUUCGGCCGUCAUAUUGUCUGCCUUUCGUGAGCUCGCUAGUAGGCACCCGCUUUCUCUCCUCUCCGCGAGGCUGUAGAUGCCCACAAUUUAUGGAGACGGAGCUUACUGUCAGAGCUGCUUCCAGAUCCUAGCUCACAGAGGAUCACGCUAGCCAGCGAUCAUUAAACAAAAGUCUUUAUUGAGUUACAGUUUCCAUUCUCAAACUGCUGCGUGCAACUCUACGUCUCAUGGUUAGACCGGCGAAGCUCCGUCUGAGUCUCCGACCCUUGUACACCAACUUAAUAUCCUAGCCCUGCUCCACCUUUUCCGCCUGACUGUUCUUCUCUGGGUCCCUCUGCCCCCUGGGGUCUCUUCUUUCCGGGAUUCCUCUGACGCUGACGCUGACCCCCCUGACUCUUCUCCCUCCUUUCGGCGGGCUUUAGGACCUGGCUCCCUUUCCGGGCUGCCUACUGUGCCACCUUCCUGUGCAUUUGAACCAUGCGCGCGCGCCCAACCUUCCACCUUCCGUCUGACCGUUUCUUCGCUCCCCGAUGGAGGUGUGGCCACUCCUGACUCGUGCCCUCCCCCCUGUUGUGAGCUGCCAGCGCUUGAUCCCUGGCUCCCUUCCUCUUCCCUGCUCUCUGGCGGUGACGCUGGUCCCGAUUUCCAACUGCUCCCCUCUGAGUCCCCUCUGGCUCUAUCUUCCUGGGGCGUCCCCUAGGCUCCCCCUUGCCCUGGCCACUGGUGCUCCUUUCUGUGAAUCUUCUGAUUCACUGGAAAGACUCGGAGAUCUCGGGUCGUCGUCAUCACUCAUCUUUUCUUCUGCCUCCUCCCCCUCGCUCUCUGUUUCCUCCCUUGCCCUUGCCUCUGCUCCUGAACCCCUGACAUUAUAUAUUUAUGAUUGAGUGCUCCGAUGGGCUUCUAAGCAGUUGACAUAUCAUAGAAACAGUGGCCAAGAUUCCCCAACACCCCCCCCAAAAAAAAAACAGACCAUGGGGUGAAGAGAGAGGACGUCCUUUCAUUUUUGCCUCCAUAUGACCCGUUAAGUUGACUUUUGGUCAUUGUGAGGUUCCCCCACCCCAAAACAGAGCAUGGGGAAAGUACAGAGUGGAUCCUCAUCCCCAGCCUUUCCCCACCUUUAAACCAGGCCAAAACAGGGUCCCAGUGCCAUUUCGGAGACAGGGACCUUGACUUACCUCCAUUUUGUCAAUGGGGAACCCCAUAGCCAACAAGCCCAACUGGGGCCAUAACACUGAUCAUGGAUCCUAGUGCCUGAAGAUUUUUAAGAAAACCAUCGUAGAUGCCAUCAAACCUGCCAGUCAGCAAACAGUGUAAUGUCGUAAACCGUCAUACAAGGACUACACAGAUAUACAUCCAUCUGAAUACUACGUCCGUCUGGUAGCCGCCAUAAAACAUAGGCAGGGAUUUAUCUGGAAAACCUCCCAACAUGAAGGGUGUUAUAAAUGGGUUCUUUAAGGACAAAUCCGUGUUUGACAUCAGGAAUGCCCUAAACCCGCAUAUUGGUUAUGAUGGGGAAAGCAUUAGCAAGUUAUUUUCAAUAGCCAAAUCAGUGUUCAACACCUUAGAUGAGAGAAGUCAAAGGAGACCCCAGGCAGAUCCAGGCAAGUAUUAGCCCAUAAUUAUUAAAUGCUUAAGCUUGAAGGGAUAGUGCAGGAGGCUAAGCAGGAAAGAGAGUUUAGAGGCCUCCCCCUUGAGCUGAAGAACAAGAUACCCCCUUGGUUGUGGGGGCUGGAAUCUAAUCCUGUGCAACUCUUGAAGUCUGCCACAGCAGUCAAACUAAAAUACAGCAAAGACCUGCCCUUUCCUUUUACCAAACAGUAUCCUUUUCCAAAGGAAGCCAUAAUUGGACUCACAUCCACGACAGAGGAAUUAUGGCCUAUGUUUAUAGGCAGCAUGGCCUUGGGAUAGAAAAUUAACUGGGCCAGCUUCAACCAGCUGUACUCCGCUUCUCUGAAGGAAUAACCCAAACAGCAGGAACCUUCUGCUCGUUUCCAGGCAGAAUGGAAAUAAUUGCUGAUCAUCUAGAGACUAGACGCUUGCAGCUUGUAGCAGCUUGUAGCUUGUGAGACCCAGACAAGUUUCCAGAACCUUCUUGAAUGAAUAGAAUAGGAAAGAUCUCGGCAUAUUAGACCGAUACUUUCUGUCCCAAAAACUGCAAGCCAUGUCAGUAAUACCUAUUCACAAGCCUUGAAUUCUACCCCAGAUCCUUUUUGGCUGGUCCAAGAUUUAAGACUUGUGUACCAGUUUGUGGUCCAAAAACACCCAGUGGUGGCCAACCCUCAGAGCGCCAUCCCUGCAGGGACCAAGUGGUACAGCCUAGUGGACCUUUGCUCAGCAUUUUUGAGUAUCCCCAUUGCAAAUAACACAACACAGAAAUGAACAGGCAGGAAACACCACCGCAAAGUGUAGUAGAUAAUCUUUAGGCUGCCUUAGAGGAGGACCCUUGUCUUUUUCCUUUCAGGGUCCUCUGUGCUUUGAAGAUGUAGCUGUGUAUUUCACGGAGGAGGAGUGGGCGUUGUUGGAUCCUGACCAGAGAGCUUUGCAUAAGGAAGUCAUGGAGGAGAAUCGUGGGAUCAUGGCCUCCCUCGGUAAGGCUCCCAGUUGGAUGAUAAUAUCUGCUUUGAAAUUCCAUAGCUCGAUCUAUGUAUCAUCUAUCUGUCUAUAUCUAUCUAUCUAUCUAUCUAUCUAUCUAUCUAUCUAUCUAUCUCUAUCUAUAUCAAAAUGAGAAACCUGCCAGAUGUUUUUGGAGCUCAACAGCACCACCUACAGCACCUGGGAUUCUAACACUUCACAGGUCACCAUAACUGGAGGGGUAUGGAUUGUUUCAUCUGUGAAAAUUCCUCCUCCAGUUACGACUUUUUAAAAUCCUGAUCAGCCUGCUCUGAAGUGCCCAGGCCUUCAUAAAUUUACCGUAUUUUUCGUUCUAUAGGACGCACCGGUCCAUAGGACGCACCUCGUUUUGGGGGGGGGGAAAUGAAUAAAAAAAAUUAUCCCCCCCCCAGGCUGCCGCCCCAAGCCUCGCGUGCUUCGGGCUGCAGGCUACCUCCCCAAGCCUUGCGCGCCGGGCGGGACCUCCUGCCGGGCGCGCAAGGCUUGCAGACAGUCGCCGAAGCACGGGAGCCCUCCGGAGGGCUCCCGUGCUUCGGGCGACAAGCUGCAGCCCCAAGCCUUGCGCGCCGGGCGGGACCUCCUGCCGGGCGCGCAAGGCUUGCAGACACUCGCCCGAAGCACGGGAGCCCUCCGGAGGGCUCCCCGUGCUUCGGGCGACAAGCUGCAGCCCCAAGCCUUGCGCGCCGGGCGGGACCUCCUGCCGGGCGCGCAAGGCUUGCAGACACUCGCCCGAGCACGGGAGCCCUCCGGAGGGCUCCCGUGCUCCGGACGACAAGCUGCAGCCCCAAGCCUUGCGCGCUGGGCGGGACCUCCUGCCCGGCGCGCAAGGCUUGCAGACACUCGCCCGAAGCACGGGGAGCCCUCCGGAGGGCUCCCCAUGCUCCGGGCGACAGGCUGCCGCCCCAAGCCUUGCGCGCUCGGCGGGACCUCCUGCCGGGCGCGCAAGGCUUGCAGACACUGCCCGAAGCACGGGAGCCCUCCGGAGGACUCCCCGUGCUCGGGCGACAGGCUGCUGCCCCAAGCCUCGCGCGCUCGGCGGGACCUCCUGCCGGGCGCGCAAGGCUUGCGGACACUCGCCGGGGCUGCAGGCUGCUGCCUGCAAGCCUUGUGAGCCCGCGGGAACUCCCACCGGGCUUGCAAGGCUUGCGGAUAGCUUCCUGAAGCCUGGAGAGCGAGAGGGGUCGGUGCGCACCGAUGCCUCUCGCUCUCCAGGCUUCAGCGAAAGCCUGCAUUCGCUCCAUAGGACGCACACACAUUUCCCCUUCAUUUUUGGAGGGGAAAAAGUGCGUCCUAUGGAGCGAAAAAUACGGUAGUUUUCAGAAUUUUUAGGGAAGUGAAAGUAGAUUCUGUCAGGAUUUGAGUUUUUGUUUUUGCUUCUGUCUGUUUUUGGUUGACCAAAGAGACUAUGGACCUUGGAAAUGGAGCAACAAACAGGUGACUGACAAUAGAGAUGCAGAAAAUUCCAUGAUUCGGCCAAAAAAAAUCCAUUCAAGAAAAGAGCCAGGUUUUGAACAUCUCAGGUUUCCACAAAUACGUCCAUGAAUACCAGUCAACAAAGGCAGUGAACCCUGUAGUAAGACCUCAUGCCUAACCCUCUUUUGUUCUUCCACUAUCACAAGAGUUAAUUUUCAUUGUCCAAUCAUUUGGAGCUCCAUUUAUUUCUGAGGUUCUAAUCCAUUUCUCUCUUCAUCACAGGUGGUGUUGAAUUGGAAAUGAAGAACAAGGGAGAACAUGAUAAAAUUCACACAGUAGAGAAACCGUAUGAAUAUUUGGAGUGUGGAGAGAACUCCAUCUCCCUUUCCACUCCCUAUCAAAUAAAUCCUAUUGGGAUGAAACCAUAUCAGUGUUUGGAAUGUGGAAAGAAAUUCAGUCAGAGCUCCAAUCUCACUUCCCACCAAAGAAUUCAUACUGGGGAGAAACCAUAUCAGUGCUUGGAAUGUGGAAAGAGAUUCAGUCAGAGCUCCAAUCUCACUUCCCACCAAAGAAUUCAUACCGGGGACAAACCCUAUCAAUGUUUGGAAUGUGGAAAGAGAUUCAGUCAUAGCUCCGGUCUCACUUCCCAUCAAAGAAUUCAUACCGGGGAGAAACCCUAUCAAUGUUUGGAAUGUGGAAAGAGAUUCAGUCAAAGCUCCAGUCUCACUUCCCAUCAAAGAAUUCAUACAGGGGAGAAACCCUAUCAGUGCUUCGAAUGUGGAAAGAGCUUUAGUCACAUGGCCAUUCUCACUUCCCAUCAAAGAAUUCAUACAGGGGAGAAACCUUAUCAAUGCUUCGAAUGUGGAAAUAGCUUCAGAAAAAGCAUCCAUCUCACGGUCCAUCUAAGAAUUCAUUCAGGGCAGAAACCAUAUCAGUGCUUGGAAUGUGGAAAGAGCUUCGGUACAAAGAAUCAUCUGACUAUCCAUCAAAGAAUUCAUACAGGGGAGAAACCCUAUCAAUGCUUUGAAUGUGGAAAGAGCUUCAUUCACAAGGUCAGUCUCACUUCCCAUCAAAGAAUCCAUACAGGGGAGAAACCCUAUCAGUGUCUGGAAUGUGGAAAGAUCUUUAGUCACAGUGGCUCUCUCAGUUUACAUCAAAGAAUUCAUACAGGGCAAAAGCCAUAUCUGUGCUUAAAAUGUGGAAAGAGAUUCGAUCGGAGCUCUACUCUCACCAACCAUCAAAUAACUCAUACAGGGGAGAAAUCAUAUCAGUGCUUGGAAUGUGGAAAGAGCUUCACCCAGAAGCAAAGUCUCACUGCCCAUCAGAGAAUUCAUACACUGGAGAAACCAUUUCAGUGUCAAGAGUGUGGAAAGAGCUUCAGUUGGAAGGAAAGUCUCAAUUCCCAUCAAAGAAUUCAUACAGGGGAGAAACCAUAUCAAUGUUUGGAAUGUGGAAAGAACUUCAAUCAUAGCUCCAAUCUCACCUCCCAUCAAAGAAUCCAUGCAGGGGAGAAACCCUAUAAGUGUCUGGAAUGUGGAAAGUGCUUCAGUCGGAAGGACAAUCUCAUUUCCCAUCAAAGAAUCCAUAUGGGGAGAAACCAUAACAGUGAUUGGAAUGUGGAAAGAGCUUCAGAGGGCCAACCUCACUUUCCAUCCAAGAACUCUCAGCAGGGAGAAUAG